AUGUGCGAGCAGGCAGCGCGUUACUGCCGGGCCGGCGUGCAGAGGCUGCUGCGCAAGCCUCCGCCGGCGCUCCGCGGGCUGGACGGGCUGCUGCGCUGGGUGGUGGCCAGGAUGAGCGACAAGGGGGUGGCCGAGCGGGAGCUGCUCAGCCCGGGAGCCGCCGCCGCGCAGAGGAAGGGCACCUCCGUCAUCCUCGAUAUUUUCAGAAGAGCUGACAAAAAUGAUGAUGGGAAGCUGUCCCUGGAGGAGUUCCAGGCUUUUUUUUCUGACGGGACGCUCAAUGAAGAAGAACUUGAGAAGCUCUUUCAUACCAUUGACUCGGACAACACCAACAACGUGGACACCAAGGAGCUGUGCGACUAUUUCGCUGACCAUAUGGGAGACUACGAAGACGUCUUGGCCUCACUGGAGACGCUGAACCUCUCCAUCCUGAAGGCAAUGGACUACACCAAACGGGUGUACGAGAGCGGCAGCAACGUGGACCAGUUCGUGACCCGCUUCCUGCUGAAGGAGACAGCGAACCAGACCCAGUCGCUGCUGAGCUCUGUGGAGAGUGCCGUGGAUGCCAUCGACGAGCAAACCAACCCUGCAAGGCACUAUCCCGGCAAGGCUGGCCACGGUCUGAUGGACACCUGGUACGACAGCUCUGUGCCCAGCUACUCUCCCACCAACUGGAUGAUCCCCAGGGAGCAUGGGAAGAGCUUCCAGACUGGGUCCCCCGACACCAAGGCGGAGGGGCUGGAGGGGCAGAUCAACAGGCUCGCCGAGCUGAUCGGCAGGCUGGAGGACAAGACUCUCUGGUUUGACCUGCACCAGCGGCUGUCGGACAGCGAGAGCACGGCUUGCACGUACCUCCUCCUGGUGCGGGAUGAGAUGACGGUGUCGCACAAGCAUCUGGGCGAGUUUUGCAGCUCCCUGAAGCAGUACCUGAAGAGCGUGGCCGGGGAGCGGGACUGCUUCCACGUCACCGCGGUGAAGCUGCCCGAUGGGGUCACCUUCAUCGUCUACGAGUUCUGGGAGACUGAGGAGGACUGGAAGAGGCACCUGCAGAGUGCCACCUGCAAGGGCUUCCAGCACGUCAAGGUGGACACGCUGAGCCAGCCCGAGGCCGUCUCCAGCGUGGCCGUGCCAGCUGCCUGGUGCACCCUGAGCCGAGAGUGA